AUGUUGUCAAGAAAUUUAAGUAAACUUGUAAAAUAUUCACUGUUUGGUGGUGUGACGAUUGGAAGUGGUGUGGUUGCUCUUAAGUAUUCGGAUGCAGAUUACAAUUCGUUUGCUAUAGUGAGGCUGACGAGGACUGCUUACACAGCAGUAGAUAUCGGUAGGACCUACCAGUCCAUGUUGUAUAGUAAAGAGUGGGAUAAAAGCUCUGAAGAGUACUUGCAGAUCAAACGCCAAGCUCAUCAAAUUGGGGCAGAGAAACUGCUUAAAUUAUGUAAAGCUAACAAAGGUGUAUACAUAAAAGUGGGACAACAUGUUGGUGCCCUUGACUAUUUAUUACCCAGUGAAUAUGUUCAAACUAUGAGAAUAUUGCACAAAGAUGCUCCAAGAAACACAAUUGAAGAGUUAUAUGAAGUAAUUAGAGAAGAUCUCAAAAAAGAUCCCAAGGAACUUUUUGAUGAAUUUGAUUCAGAACCAUUGGGUACAGCAUCUUUAGCACAAGUUCAUAGAGCAAAAUUGAAAGAUGGUUCUGAAGUAGCAGUGAAAGUUCAGCAUCAUUUUGUUAGAAAAAAUAUCAAAAUAGAUUUAAAAUGGAUGGAAUUCAUCAUAAAAACAAUGUCAAAAGUUUUUCCUGACUUUGAAAUGCAAUGGCUUGUUGAUGAAACAAAGAAAAAUAUUACUAAAGAAUUAGAUUUCCUACAAGAAGGAAGAAAUGCAGAAAAGGUUUCAGAGAUGUUUCAAAACUAUAAAUGGCUAAAAGUACCAAAAAUUUAUUGGGAUUACAGUUCUGAGAGGGUUUUGAUAAUGGAGUAUGUUAAUGGAGGUCAAGUUAAUGAUGUUAAAUAUUUGGAUGAACAUAAAAUAAGCAGACCUGACUUAUGUACAAAGUUAGGUGAUCUGUACUCGCAUAUGAUCUUUGUGACAGGUUUUGUGCAUAGUGACCCGCACCCUGGGAAUAUCUUAGUAAAAAAGGAUCCCAAAGACAAAGAUGUCACUGUGUUUUUACUGGACCAUGGGUUAUAUGCACAACUCACAGACAAGUUCCGGUAUCAUUAUUCAAAGUUAUGGUUAUCGAUAAUAGCUAGGGAUAGGAAUCAAAUUCGUGAACAUGCAGAACAGUUGGGUAUUCAAAAGGAGUUGUAUGGUCUAUUUGCUUGUAUGGUGACAGGGAGGCCAUGGGAUGUCAUAUUGAAAGGCAUUGACAAAACUAAACCGUCAUCAUUGGAGAAAUCAACAUUCCAAAAUGAGUUACCGAAUUUAUUACAUCACGUAACCCAGUGUUUAGAACAUGUGGACAGACAAGCGUUAUUAGUAUUAAAGACUAAUGAUUUGAUUCGAAGUAUAGAAUAUGCUUUGGGAAUGCAGGAAAGAAUGUGUGGAUUCAUGGUGAUGACAAAAUGCUGUACCAAAAGUAUAUACCAGCUCGAGUUAAAGAAAGCGCAAUCGUUGGUGAGAAGACAAUUCUUGAACACGAAAUACUUAUGGUCUUUAUGUGUAUUAUAUUUUUACGGUUUUUACUUAUCGUUGAGGAAUAGUUUAAACUUGUAUAGC